CUCCACCCCUGACACCAUGACCCGCUGCUGCUCCCCUUGCUGCCAGCCUACGUGCUGCAGGACCACCUGCUGCAGGACCACCUGCUGGGAGCCCACCUGUGUGACCAGCUGCAGCAGCACACCCUGCUGCCAGCCCUCCUGCUGUGUGUCCAGCUGCUGCCAGCCUUGCUGCCGUCCAACUUGUUGUCAAAACACCUGCUGCAGGACCACCUGCUGGAAGCCCACCUGUGUGACCAGCUGCUGCCAGCCCACCUGUGUGACCAGCUGUUGCCAGCCUUCCUGCUGCAGCACACCCUGCUGCCAGCCCACCUGCUGCGGGUCCAGCUGCUGUGGCCAAACCAGCUGUGGGUCCAGCUGUGGCCAGACCAGCUCCUGUGCACCUGUCUGUGGAUCCAGCUGCUGCCAGCCCUGCUGCCGCCCAGCCUGCUGUGAGACCACCUGCUGCAGGACCACCUGCUGCCAGCCCACCUGUGUGUCCAGCUGCUGCCAGCCUUGCUGCUGCCCAACUUGCUGUCAAAACACCUGCUGCAGGACCACCUGCUGCCAGCCCACCUGUGUCACCCCCUGCUGCCAGCCCACCUGUGUGACCACCUGCUGCCAGCCCACCUGUGUGACCAGCUGCUGCUAGCCUUCCUGCUGCAGCACAUCCUGCUGCGGGUCCAGGUGCUACCAGCCCACCUGUGGGUCCAACUGCUGCCAGUCUUGCUGCCACCCAACAUGCUGUCAAACCACUUGUAGAACCACCUGCUGCCAGCCCACCUGCUGCCAACCAUCCUGUGUGACCAGCUGCUGCAGCACACCCUGUUGCCAGCCAACCUGCAGUGGGUCCAGCUGCUGUAGCCAAAUCUGCAAUGAGUCCAGCUAAGCUUUUCUGAGAAACAACAUUCUGACACAGAACUUUGUGACCAUCUUCUUCCUACCAUGCUUGGGAUUCUACUGAAGGUAUACAGUCUACUUUUCUUUAAUUUUAUUCUUCUUUAUUUCCCCUGGAUUAAUGUACCAGAUGGUGGUCAGUCAGCUCCACCUAAUUGACAUGGAUACAUGGUCUCAGCCUCAGGAAGUGAUCAUCAGCUUUUGCCCCUGUGGAACUUAAAAAAAAUUCUUAUGACUGCAUAUAAAACUCUCUAUAAUGAUCAUCCUUUUAGAUAUAUGCAUUUUAUUUAGUAACUUCUGCCAGAUUACUAAACUCUUUUGUGAUCGCUUUUAAUUGUCUCCCUACCUAGU